GCCUGGUGCAGGGAGGGACCUGCUGGGGGAAUAAAGGCCCCGCCAGCCUCCUUCCCACCUCUGCUGGUGAAAGGAGCGUCUGGAUCAGGGUCUGGACCAUGUCCCGGCUGGUGGAAUGUGUCCCCAACUUCUCAGAGGGGAACAACCAGGAGGUGAUUGACGCCAUCUCUCAAGCGGUGGCGCAGACCCCAGGCUGCGUGCUGCUGGACGUGGACGCCGGCCCCUCCACCAACCGCACCGUCUACACCUUCGUGGGGCGCCCUGAGGAUGUGGUGGAGGGGGCCCUCAAUGCCGCCCGCGCUGCCCAUCGGCUUAUUGACAUGAGCCGGCACAGAGGGGAGCACCCCCGGAUGGGCGCCCUGGAUGUGUGCCCCUUCAUCCCGGUCAGGGGCGUCACCAUGGACGAGUGCGUGCGCUGUGCCCAGGCCUUUGGCCAGCGGCUGGCAGAGGAGCUGGAUGUGCCAGUGUACCUCUACGGCGAGGCAGCGCGGGCAACCAGCCGCCAGUCCCUGCCGGCCAUCCGGGCUGGGGAGUAUGAGGCGCUCCCUGAGAAGCUCAAGCAGGCCGAGUGGGCACCCGACUUCGGGCCCAGCGCCUUCGUUCCCAGCUGGGGGGCCACCGCCACAGGGGCGCGGAAGUUCCUCCUCGCGUUCAACAUUAACCUGCUCAGCACCAAGGAGCAGGCGCACCGCAUUGCCCUCAAUCUCCGUGAGCAGGGUCGUGGGAAGGACCAGCCAGGACGCCUGAGCAAGGUGCAGGGCAUCGGCUGGUACCUGGAUGAGAAGAACCUGGCUCAGGUGUCCAUGAACCUCCUGGACUUUGAGGUCACAGGGCUGCACACAGUCUAUGAGGAGACCUGCAGAGAAGCCCAGGAACUGAGCCUUCCAGUGGUGGGCUCACAGCUGGUGGGCCUGGUGCCUCUGAAGGCCCUGCUGGACUAUGCGAUAUCAUUUUGUCUAAAAAAAACUGUGCACAUACUUAAAAGGGACCCCAGUCACCGGGCCCUCUUCCAGGUGGUGAACCGGCUGGGCCUGGACUCCCUGUCCCCCUUCAACCCCAAGGAGCGGAUCAUCGAGUACCUGGUCCCCCAGGAUGGGCCCGAGCAAAGCCUGAUGGACCAGCCCCUGCGCGCCUUCAUCCGGGCCGUGGGCGCCCGCUCAGCAGCCCCAGGGGGCGGCUCUGUGGCCGCAGCCAGUGCAGCCAUGGGUGCCGCCCUGGCCUCCAUGGCUGGCCUGAUGACCUAUGGGCGGCGCCAGUAUGAGCACCUGGAUGUGACCAUGCGACGCCUGAUCCCACCCUUCCACACUGCUGUGGCUGAGCUGACUGCAAUGGUGGACGCUGACGCCCGGGCCUUCGAGGCCUAUCUGAAAGCGACAAAGCUGCCUAAGAAUACACCUGAGGACAAGGACAGACGUGCGGCUGCCCUGCAGGAGGGGCUGAGGCAGGCGGUGGCUGUGCCCUUGGCGCUGGCGGAGACGGUGGCCUCGCUGUGGCCGGUGCUGCGAGAGCUGGCUCUGUGCGUGAACCUGGCCUGCAGGUCAGACCUGCAGGUGGCAGCCAAGGCCCUGGAGACAGGUGUGUUUGGCGCAUAUUUCAACGUGCUCAUCAACCUGAAGAAUGUCACUGAUGAUGCGUUUAAGGACCAGGUCCGCCAGCGCAUCUCCGGCCUCCUGCAAGAUGCCCAGACGCAGGCAGCACUGGUGCUGGACCAGCUGGAGGCCCGGCAGGAGUGACAGCCGAGCGGGGAUUCGACGGACUCCACUCCCCCUUGCAACCCCUCCAGACACGUCCCGGGGGGCCCAGAUGGGGGGAUAUGGGGGGCAAGGAGAGGGGGCUGUGAGGAGUGGGCAUGGCCGGGGUUGGCAGAGCCACCUUCUGUGACCUGGGGGCUCCAGUAAAGUGAUGACACACGGGUGCCUGUGGGGUCCAUGUGGGGUGCACAUGGGAUACCAUUGAGGGGCUUGGGGGAGGUCUGAGCUGAGUGGCAGGAAUGGGACCUCGUGAGGUGCCAAGCACGGGGAGACAACUGGGAGGGCAUGGGGGUGAGGCAUGAGGUGGCACAGGGUCACAGAGUACCUGGGGUCCUGGGGGUCGAAGCCCCCUUAGUAGGACCCUCAGAUCUCAUGGAGGGAUGAGGGCCAUGCUGCCUGAUGGACUGGGGAAUGGCGGGGGAUCCACCAAGGUGAGGGGUGGCUGGGCCAGCUCCUCCCAGGGCAGGAGAUGAUGAGAGCAGCAAGCGGCCGGGGACAUGAAAGUGAUGUGUGGGCCAGGUCCCGUGUUCUGGGGGAAGAGAGUGCAGUGUCAGACCUGGGGUCCCAGAAGGGAGAGUCCCAGGUACUGGGCGCUGACUUCUCUUGGUGGAUGCUCAGGGGCCCAGGCCCAGUGGUGGGGGUCCCAGGAGGGUCUCUGCAGGGCCUGGGUGGCGAGGGAGGGGUGGGAAGUGGUGGAAAGUGCAACCCUCGGCCCCUCCCCAAAUCCCAGGGCUGGGGGCAACAGGACAAGACCCAGACCUGAAA